UCCAUUUUCAUCUCUCUAUCUCUCUAGUAACUACACGCCAUGUAUGGACACAUUGGGAAUGAAUUUUCUUAUGACAACUUUGUCCAUUUUCCAUUACCGGACAUCACAAGUCCUACAACUGCACCACUAGCCUUGCCCCAUCUCGCAAUUUUGAGCAACAACCAUGGCUCCCUUUCAGCAUUCAAAUCCGAACUUGAAAACAAUAGAAGUGUAUGCAGCAGUUAUAUUGGCUCUCCAACUUCAAUCGCUAGUCGUGAAACAUACACUUCGACUUUAAUUCAACGGAGCAUAAGUAGCCACUCUCUUCACAAAAACUUCGAAGGCUACUCUCGACUUGAUUCAUCGCCAGUCAGGAAGGUUUUAAGCACUGGUGAUUUACAGGGCAUAAACUUGGCACGGCAUAACCAGCGAUCCAACAGUCCAUUGUCAAAUGACAGCAGCUCUAUCAUAGAAAGUAUGAGCAAAGCCUGCCGAUACAGUCCAGAGGAGAAAAAAGAGAGAAUUGAAAGAUACAGAAGCAAGAGAAAUUUGAGGAACUUCAACAAGAGGAUUAAGUAUGAAUGCAGGAAGACAUUGGCAGACAGUCGACCACGCAUUAGGGGGAGAUUCGCGAGGAAUGAUGAAACGGAGAAGAUGAGUCGGAGUCAAUGGGAUCGUACGGGCGUAGAGGAAGACGAGGAGGAUAAUGAUAACUGGAUCAACAUUCUCAAUGCUUUUUCAGCAAAUAUGAUGCCUUGAUCCUAAAAGAGUUCCCAAAUAUUAAUAUUUUGGAGCUUCAUAUGUACUUAACAUUUCAGUUUAAGGAUUCUAAAAGGUGAAAUUGAUUAUCUACAUUUCCUUUAUUGCAUUGUCAAAAUAUUGAAUAUGUGCAUUGAAAAUGUUACUUAAUUUCAAGAAUUCUAUUGUGAUUUAUAACUUUUGUUUGCCACUGAAAAUACAGGAAACAUAUAUGCAUUUAAUCA